CUCUGCACACAGUAUGAGUUCAGGCAUAAACAAACUCGCACUGACAUGUAUAAUUCACAUUGUUGUGAGCACACAUGUGAAAACAGUCUUUACAAAUUAACUUGAACUGAGAGGAAGUUUUUUUUCUCAGAUUGAUAUUUAAUAAUUUCAGGGAACUUUGUGGGGAAGCAUGAAACAUGACUCCUCUACUGUAAGAGGUGUUUUUAACGGAGGAGAAUCAUUCGAUACAAAAGCGGUGGCGUGAGCCCCAGGAACGUCACAAGUCCCCGCCUUAUAUUAUAAGAAUCAAUUGUUCGAUUUUUUUUUCUCAAUCAGAAUAGAUGGUUGGAGGCGUUAUCUGACAGUCAGGCUCACGGCACGCGCGGCUGUCGGAGACACCAAAACAUCUGGAUCACUCAGACUGAAAUAAAAACUCAUCAGUGGAUUUGUGUCAUUUCACACUUAUCCUAAUUUUACUGAAAACGAUCCAGGAUCAGUGUGAAGAAUGCGUCGCACCUCAGUCUGGAUUGGCUUGGUGCUGUGUUUGUGCGCAUCUUUGGCCGCGAGCGCGCAGGACUACCCCGAGGACGACGAGAUGAUCCUGGAUCUGAUCCGUGAGGACGGGACUCAACCUGAAACCGGAGCCGAGCCCGCUGCUGAGUUUCUCAGGUGCAGCAAGGCGGCGUGGCGCGUGCCCGGUCAGUACCUGGUCAUGCUGCAUCAGGGGACGCACGAGUCUCAUGUCCAGAGGACCAUCAGGAGGCUGAGAGCCAAAGCAGCCAGGAGAGGCUACCUGGUGGAGAUCCUGCAGACCUACUCUGGAGCUCUGCGCGGCUUCCUGGUCAAGAUGAGCAGCGACGUCCUUCAUCUGGCGGUGAUGCUCCCUCAUGUCCAAUAUAUAGAAGAGGACUCAUCCAUCUUUGCUCAGAGCGCCCCUUGGAACCUUCAGAGGUUACUGCAGCCUCUUGGUAGCACCUUGGAGAACGCAACAUACAGGCCACCCAAUGAUGGAGGGUUGGCGGAGGUGUAUCUGAUGGAUGGCAGUGUUCAGAGUUCUCACAGAGAGGUUGAAGGACGAGUGGUCAUCACAGACUUCAAUAACGUCCCUGAGGAGGAUGGAGUCAGAGUCCAUAGACAGGCCAGCCAGUGUGACAGUCACGGCACACACAUGGCUGGGGUUGUGAGUGGGUCAGACUCAGGUGUUGCUCGGGGCACUGGUGUCAACCUGGUCCGUGUGCUCAACUGUCAGGGGAAGGGGACUGUGUCAGGAGCUCUGGCAGGCAUGGAGUAUAUCCGAGCGACUUUACUGGCCCGUCCGGUGAAUGCUGUUAUCAUUCUGCUGCCUUUCAUUGGAGGCUUCAGCCGAUCAUUAAACGCAGCCUGUCGGGACAUGGUGGCUAACGGAGCCGUGGUCAUCGCAGCAGCGGGGAACUACAGAGAUGACGCCUGCCUCUACUCGCCUGCUUCAGAGCCUGAGGUCAUCACAGUCGGGGCAGUAAACUCAGCCGACCAGCUCAUGUCACAGGGAGCAGGUGGCAGCAACUUUGGCCGCUGCGUUGAUCUGUUUGCGCCUGGUGAUGACAUUGUUAGUGCCAGUAGUGACUGCAGCACCUGUUUUACCUCCCGAAGUGGAACCUCCCAGGCAGCUGCACACGCUGCUGGUAUAGCAGCAGUGAUCCUGUCGUCCAAUCAGAACGCGUCACCGGUGCAGGUCCUGCAGGUGAUGCUGCACUAUUCCAUCAGCAACAGAAUCAACCUUCUCCCUCUGUCUGAAACACAUCAUCUCACUACUCCAAACCUGCUGGCAGCUAUGCCUCCUGCCAACAACACAACAAGUGGGGAGCUUCUGUGUCGGUCAGUGUGGUCAGAGAGGUCAGGGGUCACGAACACGGACAAGACUAUCAGUCGCUGUCGUCAGGGGGAGGAGAUGAUGGGCUGCAGCAGCUACGCUCCUGACGGUGUACGCGUGGGAGAAACUGUUGCUGUGAACAGCGGGCAGAUGGAGUGUGUUGCCUAUAAUGGUGCUGGGGGUAAAGGUGUGUAUGCUGUGGCCCGUUGCUGUGUGAAGAGUGGUCUACAGUGCCAGGUCCAUGCUAGUCGUGAGCCUGGGCAAGAUGCUGAGUGUGACGGCCUGCAGCACCACCUGUCUGGCUGUACAUCUCGGUCCACUGCUGAGAUCUUGUCAGACUCACGUCCACAUCACGGUGAUCGGAGGCGUUGCGUGGUGAAAGAAGAGGUGACAUCACAUGCGGUGUGCUGCCAUGCUCCGUCUCUGGAGUGCAACUUGUUGGAAAACAUAUCAGCUGAUAAAGAGCAGGUCGAGGUGUCCUGUCCCUCUGGCUGGACUCUGACCGACUGUAGUGCUGUCUCCCAGGGCUCUGCUAUCUUGGGGCCAGUUGCUAGGGGCAACAGUUGCCAUGUCCGCACCGCCACAGGAGCAGAUGGGGCAGCUGGCAUCGCUGUCUGCUGUCGCAUCAGACCACCAGAGCAGCCCACCACAACUCCUCACUGAUCACUGAUCAUCUCACUUUGAUGUCCAACACCGUGGAAACAGCUUGGAUAUUUCUUUAAUGCAGUGUUGUCAUAUUUGUCUUUCAUCACCUUUAGACCCCAGAAUACUCAGGUGUGACUAUGAGCACUUCUGUAAAACUGUUCAGUUUUAGGAUUAGAUCCAGAUCAGCUCCAGCACACACAUUGACUUACAAAUGUUGCCUCAUCUAGUACUGUCUUCUUAUCUACAUUUAAACCAUUUCACAUACACAGUUUGUAAAAUGUAACCAAAUAUUUUUGUAUCUUUUUACAUAACAAUUUAAAAAGCUUUCUUGAAUAUAUGAUUCAUUUAUUAAAACAAAUGUUGACUUAGUUGUUUUA